GGGCUCCCCCUCGCCACAGCUGGGGCCUCUGCAGCCAGCCUGAGCGAGCACGAAGAGGAGCAGCUGGGCAGGCUGCUGGGGCCUUGCGGUGCGCUUUGAAGGGAGCUUUGUGCAUCAAGAAGCCCCAAAGGAGAAACAGCCGGAUCAGGCAGAGGAGCAGGCAGUGACAAGCUGAACUCAGAAUGAAGCACAGCUGCAUCCACUGGUUCCGCAAGGGGCUUCGCCUGCACGAUAACCCUGCCUUGUUGGCAGCAAUGAAUGACUGCAGUGACCUAUAUCCUAUCUUCAUCCUUGACCCCUGGUUCCCAAAGAACAUGCAGGUCAGUGUCAACCGCUGGAGGUUUCUGAUUGAGUCGCUGAAGGAUUUGGACGAGAGCCUGAAGAAACUGAAUUCAAGGCUGUUUGUGGUGCGUGGCCAUCCAGCAGAGGUGUUCCCAGGCCUUUUUAAAGCAUGGAAGGUAACACGGCUGACCUUUGAGGUAGAUACAGAGCCCUACUCCAAGCUGCGUGAUGCAGAGGUAGUGAGGCUGGCAGCUGCACAUGGUGUCCAGGUUAUCCAGAAAGUGUCCCACACUUUGUACGACACUGACAGGAUAAUUGCUGAGAACAAUGGCAAAGUGCCUCUGACCUAUAGACAGCUGCAAGCUGUGCUGGUUGGGCUGGGAUCCCCAAAGCAGCCUGUGCUAGCUCCCACUCUGGAGACCCUGAAGGACUGCUGUACUCCUGGCAGAGACAACCAUGAUCCAAAGUAUGAGAUCCCUACGCUGGAGGAGCUGGGACAGGACCCAAAGGAAGCAGGUCCUUGUCUCUACCCAGGGGGGGAAUCCGAGGCACUUUCCAGACUGGAUUUUCACAUGAAGAGGAUGACCUGGGUGUGUAACUUUAAGAAGCCUGACACGGAGCCCAACACCCUCAGUCCAAGCACCACCGUGCUCAGCCCUUACAUUAAGUUUGGCUGCUUGUCAGUGCGAACCUUCUGGUGGAAGCUGGCUGAGAUCUACAGAGGGAAGACACACUCCUCCCCACCAGUUUCUUUGCACGGGCAGCUGCUGUGGCGGGAGUUCUUCUACACAGCAGGGGCUGGGAUCCCCAACUUCAACAGGAUGGAGGGAAACCCCAUCUGUGUGCAGGUGGACUGGGAUGACAACCCGGAGUAUGUCAAGGCAUGGAAGGAGGGCCGGACAGGCUACCCCUUCAUUGAUGCCAUCAUGACACAGCUGCGCACUGAAGGCUGGAUCCAUCACUUGGCCCGGCAUGCUGUGGCCUGCUUCCUGACACGAGGAGACCUCUGGGUGUCCUGGGAGGAGGGACAAAAGGUCUUUGAGGAGCUGCUGCUGGAUGCUGACUGGUCCCUGAAUGCUGGCAACUGGCAAUGGCUGUCGGCGAGUGCCUUUUUCCACCAGUUCUUUCGUGUCUACUCACCCGUUGCCUUUGGCAAGAAGACAGACAAGAGUGGAGCGUAUAUUAAGAAAUACCUCCCCAUCCUCAGGAAGUUCCCUGCUGAGUACAUCUAUGAGCCCUGGAAGGCACCAAGAAGCAUGCAGGAGCAGGCAGGCUGCAUCAUUGGCAGAGACUACCCCAGACCUAUCGUGGAGCAUGAGGCUGUGAGCAAGAGAAACAUCAUGCGCAUGAAGGCAGCGUAUGCCCAGCGGUCACACAGCAAAGCUGCCCAGGUGGAGAAAGAGGGUACCAAGAAAGGUGGCAAACGGAAGCUGCCAGCUGGUCCCUCUGUGGUUGAACUGCUGACAAAGAAACCGAAGGCCAAAAGCAGCUGAAUCCUCCAGCGCAGGUCAGAUCUUAACCCAGUGGCCCUGCUCCUUCUCGGCCUGAAGGCAGGAGCGUCAGCUGCCACACAUGACUCAAACAUCAUAAGACCCUGUUUAUAUCCCAGCUGGCUGUGUAACAGGGUCUUGGGGGUUGUUCUGACCCAGACUGCCUAAAUUCAAGGGAGCUGCUGUAGUUUUUUAGUACCAGAUGUGCCACUGGCUUGGGAAGUAUACUAAAUUUCUUUCUUCAGCCCUUCAGGGCUGCUUCUCCUGCUGCUUCUUUGCCAAACAUAUGGUGUGUUUGAA